UUAUAUAAUUUCUUAUAGAUCCCUUGACAAAGGCCAGACAUAUGGCCGAAACGUUGGGACAUGCUAUGCAAGUUUGAUUUGCUUCUACCCGGAUGUAUCAAUUAUAUAUGUGAAUAUAUGAAUAUAUGAAAUGAAAUGAUGUAAAACAUCAACCUAUAAUUAAAUUGCAUCAAAACUACUGUGGUGUGCCACGAAUUUCUUCAUUGUACUACGUGACGAUCCUUCGUCCUCCGUGGGCACCCAUUACCCAAUAGGGUGUGCGGAUCUCAUCAUCCUCUAUACUAACGAAUCUGCAGAUUCAGCACCCCAAGGUCAGAUGUCGUCAAAUACAUUUUCAUAUGACAUCGAAACCACGAACAGUAUCAUCUCCCAAGUCCAGUUUGGCAACGACUUUCUACAGAUUCCAGCUCAGGAAUGGAAGACUCGAGACUACACACGCGACCUGCGUAGAUUAACCUCUUUAAUAUUACAUUGCAGCACCCUCACGGAGUACCACAAAAAUAAUCGUAUACCGAGAGGUUUACGCUCGCAUCUACGUCCGACAUUAUUCAAGGACGACGCCGACUUUUGUGACCGCUUUGAGAACAUUAUUAACAAGUGCUCAUUCGAUCUCAUGUUACUAACCAUUGACAAGGCCCGACAUACUAUAGAGGACCUUCAGAAACAAAUCACAGCAACGGAAGAACAAUUAUCAAGUAUACUACCCACGGAAGAGUGGACAACAUUAAAAGAAAAAACAUCUAAACAAACUUCCGAAUACCAGAAAUAUACAGAAGGUACCAAAAGGGCGAAAUUUAUCAGGGACGCCGAGGAUUACAGGCUAAACAGGGUAUACAGAUGGCGCGACCUCAAUCCACAAGCAGGCUGGGACAACAGAAAUCACGACUUCUCCUCAGGACAAAGUUCAUCCGGUUCAGAAAGCGGAAGGAUCAACACUCAACGCCGCAGGCAUUUUUUAGGACGAGGACAGAACCGUUACAGACAAGGAAGAGGCGACCGCGGAGAAGUCAGAGGAGGAGAUCCCGACAAUCGAAUCCUGACUCGAUCACAGAUUCGAUAGAAUUGGAAUAUAGAUCUAGACCAUAUGGGUGAGAA